AUGAAUGAGAACCAGACCACGGGGUCAGCCUUGGCAGACACCCAAAUGCGUGAGAAGGACACUCCCCACGAGCAAGCGCAGCAGCCUGAGGGUGUAACAGAAACUCCCACGGAGAACUAUGACCCCAAUUACUAUCAAAACUAUUAUUAUGAACCCUCAGAUGGAAAUUACUAUUAUUAUCCCCCACAGGAUGGGAUAACAAACGAGGCGGACGAAGACGCGGGGGAGGUUCCUGUCACACCAGAAAAUCUUAUUCGCUCGUAUGAGUUUGAGGAUUGGGAACCACGUUCCUACGGCUGGUACAUUGAUACUAUUUUAGAGAUUUUUAUGUCAGUGGAGUUCCGGUUGUACCUGUUUUUUCUACUAUAUUGUACUGGUGUCCUCCUGUUAGUUCUUUCGUUGAAUUGGACCUUUGAGGUGCUGUUCAGAAUGCAUGUCUCUUCAUCGGGAGAGCAAUUUGACCCUACAUUUCUAUUUGGGUUUUUCGUUGUGUUCAUCUUGCUGAGCUUUACCUUGGUGACCUGGUUUUGCACCUGGAUGGAUAUACUCAAGGGUCUGAAACAUGUAAAACGCGAUGAUGUUUACUUUUUGGGAAUGUCACAUUAUUCAGGAAAAAAUCCACCGUAUAUUGUUUACCUUGUGGUCAUUCUUGCAACGACUGUAUUUCCGUUUCUAUGGAGCGUUAUUGCCACUUCCACAAAUAAUCAGUCAAUUCUUUUUUUUGCCCAAUCGUACGCGUUCAUCUCCAUCAUUGUCACCAUGUUUGGAAUUCUAUUUUGUUACGCCUGGCUGUACUGGAGUGCACUGAGAUUGAAGCAGCAGGCUUUUAAGAAGCGCAAGGAACGGGAUGAGUUUACACUUUGGGAAAAGGCGGCAUCUCACAGGGGGGCUCGACCUCUGAAGAAACGCUGGUAUCAUGCCUCUACCGUUUUGGAAGAGUUUGGGCUAGAUGGAAAAAGUUUGCGUUGGAAUGCGGUUGUAUUUACCAUUGGAUAUGUGCCCUUACUCGCUCUUUACAUGGCUCAGGUGCUCAGAAGUCUCAUUGGGAGCCCACAGGUUACAUGGGGAGCCGCUUUCAGUAUCACACUUACAUGCGUCUACGCCAUUUCGUGGCUGUCACUCUUGCAUCGGAAAGCGCAGUACUCGGUGUACUUAUCUUUGUACCUUAUCACAGCGUUACUCGUUGCUGGUUUAGUGUGUGGUGGCAUUUUAUUAUCCAAGGAGUUGACGUUUAUGGUGAUUGUACUGUUCAUCGCUGCACAGGGGAUGCUUACCCGUAAAACGCCGCAUACGCUGACUAGGAAGGAAAAGUGUGUUCUUUUUCAGAUUCCCUUGGAUGCUGAAAUGCAACACGAUGUGCAGCGGCGCAGGUUUGAUACACACCUGCUCUGCUGCCGAGAUGCUGUUAUGAGCUGCUUGAAAUGCUUUGAUGUGAAGACUUUUUUUGGGUAUCGUCAUCCUGACAUUGUCCGCGCCGAAAACCAGUACGCGCUACAUAACAUUGCCAUCCGGACGGAUCAAAAGGUGCUUUUGUAUUGGUGGCUGAUACUUCUCUUUGCUUUGGCAUUUGUCAUUUCUAUUGGGAACGUCAUGGUGUACGAAUUCACCAGCAAUAUUGCCACUAAAGGCGGCCCCAUCAUCGCGCAGAACUCAAAACUCCCGCUUUGCAGUAUGAGGUACAACCAAAACGGCUCGGCUCCGCUUACCAUCUAUGAUUUAUCCCUUUUAAGUGCCCUCGCCUACACGUUUGCGGGGUAUGGCGACGCGGACUUUGCGACAUGGUUUUCUCAGUUUCCCCAACUUAUCCGUCAGUACCCGCUUCGCCUGCAGCCCAACUGGGAUUACGCAACAAGUGGAAUGGCGAUUCCAUUUUCGGACUACACCGAUUUGCGUAGCGACUACCACUUUGUAACGUUGAAUUCCAACAAUCGAGGCUUAUCCCUCCUGCGCAACGUCGAUGAGUGGGGGACGACUAUGGCCCUUCAGGUGGCUGGGGCAAUAUCGCCGCUGUUCAGCAUUUGGCCUGAGAAUUACCGAACCUCCUUUGUGUAUGGUGCCUCUUUUUUGACGAGAUGGUUUCCGAGCGCGGAUGCUCUAAAGGGUGUCUCGGAGUACAUUGAGGGUUUGAUUAGUGCUGGGAAACAAGAUCGUAUUCUGCUUAUUGGCGAUCAAUUCAACGGCGGAUAUGCCAAAAUUCUUUCUUACAGGUAUAACUUGCCUUUUGUCGCCUUUAAUCCCCCUGGUACCAGGUACAAGCUGCCGUUAUUAGAUAACGGGGUACAGAUUACCUUAAAUCGUGGCGUUCUUUCUUACAUAGACUCCCUUGAAGACACUUUGAAUACCAUCCACCUGCAGUGUAGCAGCCGUUACUCCUCUAGCCGUUGCAGUAGAAUUGAGACCACCAUUGACGCAAUCGGCGCAAUGUGCGGUGAUUCCUACGGUCGACGUUUGAAGUAG